GGUUAAGCUGCAAAUUUUUUGUUUCAAUUCCAAUUGCCGGUUUUUUGGUCCGUUGUUGGCUAAUUAUAAUUUUCUUAAUUUUCAAUUGUUCUUAUUGAUUUUGAACUAUUUAGUUAUCUUAAUUAACAUGUCAUCAAGAAAUAUUCUUAAACGAGAUGUUCCACCUUGUCCUAAGUUAACAGAUUGGAAUGAUUCAAUUAGUGAAAAGGCUCAAAAGCUGAUUAAAGAAGCUUUUCCUCAGAAAGUAUUGGAAUUAAACACGAUGCUUGAGAGUGAACUAUUUGACGAAAAGUAUAUUAAAGUGGUUCGUCAAGAUGUUACCAUUCCACAAUCUCGAAUUGGACUUCCUAAUGAUCUCACCAUGAAUCAUGAAACUCCAAAAGAAGUGCCUACGCCUGUAACUGCAACUUCCAGAGGGAAGAAGCGAAAAGCUUCAAUUGACACUGUUGAAAGCCAAGAUGAAACUAAUCAUAAACAGGCAUCAGUUAUGGUACCAGGAAAUAGUAAAAUCAAAUCUAUAAUCGCUAUGUUAAAGCCGAAAACUUCGGGGCUUAUUGAAGAUCUUAAUUUAAUCAAAUUAUGGGUUAUGUUGUUGAUACCAAGAAUUGAGGAUGGAAAUAAUUUCGGUGUUUCGAUUCAAGAGGACAUUUUGGAAGAAGUUCGAUCAGCUGAAGGAGAGGCUGCUAUAUAUUACGACGAAACUUCCAAAUAUCAUCAUUCACGAGCAAAAAUCAUCUCUAAAAUUGCCAAAUAUCCAUUUAUCGACGAUUACCGUGAGUGUCUUGCUGAACUUGACGAGAAACAAUGGCUUCACUUGAAAUUAGUUGUUAAAGAACUACGUAAUCAUUAUAAUAGUCUUUACCAUUUGAUGACCAAGAAUUGGGAGAAACUUAUCUGUCCAAGAUCAUCCAAUUCGGAUACAAUGUUCUAAAUUCCACCAAGGUAUCAAAAGGAAAAGAGAAAAUUGUUCAAACGAAAAACAACUUAUGUUACACAAAGAAAACAAAAAGUAAAGAAAAAUAUCUUUCAUUAUUUCACCAAUUUAACCAAUUCGAUUGGAGGGAUUUACUCUUCACAACAAUAAAUCAAAAUUAUGUUAUUAUUGGAAUACAACUUUUACCGUUCUGUGAAUCUUUUUGGGUUUAUACUACAAUUAGACUUUUCUAUUAUCAUUAAUAACCACAAUUGUCUUGAUUA